UAAAGGAAGCGCUCUGUGGAAACUCGUGCAGCGAUCGAUUGCUACUGUCUGAUCCCUGUGAUGUAAAGAUGGAUGCCUGCCGAAAUAGGUUAUAAACGUGGGAAGUGUCUCCCUGGCAGCUUUCACCGUGCAGUUUCCCUGUUUUGCUCAAUGCUUGCUGCGCUACAGCAUGAACACAGCACUGUCGGCUCAUCUGGUAGUUCUGGCAAAUGAAAAUGGAGGAGGUUUCAAUGUCCAGCCUGGACAACAGCAAGCUGGAGGGCCUUGCUCAGGACAUCCUGUCUGACCUGGUGGAGGAUGCAUGCCUGGGUCUUUGCUUUGAGGUCCACCGGGCCGUCAAGCAGGGCUAUUUCUUCCUGGAUGACACGGACCAAGAAAGCAUGAGGGACUUCGAAAUUGUGGACCAGCCAGGACUGGAUGUAUUCGGCCAGGUGUACAACCAGUGGAAAAACAAGGAGUGUGUAUGCCCCAACUGUAGCCGAAGCAUCGCUGCUUCACGCUUUGCCCCACACCUGGAGAAAUGUCUGGGAAUGGGCCGCAACAGCAGCCGCAUAGCCAACAGAAGAAUAGUCACUGGAAACAACACUAACAACAAGUCAGAAAGUGACCAAGAGGAUAACGACGACGUCAACGAUAAUGACUGGUCCUACGGGGCAGAAAAGAAAGCCAAGAAAAGGAAAUCUGAUAAGAAUCCAAACUCACCCAGAAGAUCCAAAUCGUUCAAACAUAAGAACACCUGUUUAUUCCCAUAGGCAUGAUGGGUCCUCGACGUCGCAUCGACAACCAAGAGAGCCCGCGCAUGCUGAUGAAAGAUGAGGCAUUCCCUCAAUAACACACUCAGCCACAAAACACACAUUCUCAUUGCGUCGCGUGUCGGCACACAGACAUACACACACACACACACACACACACGGGAAGACCAAUAACACUUCUCUUUUGGUUCUCUAUGUCGUGAAAUCAAUGGACGUCGAUGUUAAGGUGACAUUAUUGGCGUUUGCUGCUCUGCAAAAGCAGUCUAGACCUCCCACUGUAUACUUGACAGUUGUUGUUUUUUUUUUUCACAAUAUCUUCAUACCAACACUUUAUAGUUUGUUUUGUUUCAGAUUUUUUUUAUGCUGGAGUCCAAAAUAAUGAAUAUCACCAUUUAUAAUGGCACUGCACAGAGCUAGAUUCUUGUGAAAUGAAUUCAGCGGCCGAGCAGAGGCAGCUGUGUGAAGAGUGACGUGUGCACGUACACUAUGUUAUUUCUAUAAAGUACUGAAAUGAUUAGCCAGUAGGUGUACAUAUGAUUCCUCACCUUUUGAAAAUAGUAACUUCAAAGACAAUCAUUACUAAUGGUUUGUCUUUUACUUCACAUUCACUAUCAGGCUUUAGUUCCAGCAGCUCUCCUCGUCAUUCACCUGUGGAAACUUGAUUUAACUGUUCAAGCAGGCAUUUGCUGCAGAAAGCAGGUUUAUUUUGUUUCAUUUUUUUUUUUGGUGAAUAGAUCAGCUUGUUUUCUAGCAUUCAAAAAUGUCUUUGUAUCAUGUGUUUACAUUGUAAAGGGUUACAUAUAUCCUUAGUGUGAAGUGAUAGUGUAAAUAUUCCAAUAGUUGAAUUGCUGCUAUCAUGGCUCAGUUUGUUUCAUCUGUCUAGCAUAAUAAAUGAUUUGUUACCUGUCAA